UGAGGGCGGGAUGUUUUGGGGGGCGGGGGUCCCGAUGACGGCAUCAGAGCGCGCCGCGCUGGGGCGGGGAGCCCGACCGCAGCGCGGGGGGACGGCGCCAACAGCCAAGCCGGGCCCAGAGCAGCCCUCCCUCGGCAUGGGGCUGGAGGCCCAGGGGCUGCCAGGGGCUGAGGAGGCCCCAGUGAGGGUGGCCCUGCGAGUCCGCCCGCUGCUGCCCAAGGAGCUGCUGCAUGGCCACCAGACCUGCCUGAGGGUGGAGCCAGGGCAUGGCUGUGUCACCCUGGGUCGAGACCGCCGUUUUGGCUUCCACGUGGUGCUGGAUGAGGACACCGGGCAGGAGGCCGUGUACCAGGCCUGUGUGCAGCCGCUCCUCGAGGCUUUCUUUGAGGGCUUCAAUGCCACCGUCUUUGCCUAUGGUCAGACAGGCUCCGGGAAGACGUACACCAUGGGGGAGGCCAGUGUGGCCUCUCUUCAUGAGGAUGAGCAGGGCGUCAUCCCACGGGCCAUGGCCGAGGCCUUCAAGCUUAUCGAUGAGAACGACCUGCUUGACUGCCUGCUGCAUGUGUCCUACCUGGAAGUGUACAAGGAGGAGUUCCGAGACCUGCUGGAGAUGGGCACCGCCAGCCGUGACAUCCAGCUUCGGGAGGAUGACCGCGGGAAUAUUGUGCUGUGUGGGGUGAAGGAGGUGGACGUGGAGGGCCUGGAUGAGGUGCUGAGCCUCCUGGAGGUGGGCAACGCAGCGCGGCACACGGGGGCCACGCACUUCAACCGCCUCUCCAGCCGCUCCCACGCAGUCUUCACCGUGACCCUGGAGCAGCGGGGGCGCAUCCCCAGUCGCCUGCCGCGACCUGCCGCGGGCCAGCUGCUCGUCUCCAAGUUCCACUUCGUGGACCUGGCGGGCUCGGAGCGGGUGCUCAAGACGGGCAGCACGGGAGAGCGGCUCAAGGAGAGCAUCCAGAUCAACAGCAGCCUCCUGGCGCUGGGCAACGUCAUCAGCGCCCUGGGCGACGCCCAGCGCCGCGGCAGCCACAUCCCCUACCGGGACUCCAAGAUCACCCGGAUCCUCAAGGACUCUCUGGGCGGCAACGCCAAGACGGUGAUGAUCGCCUGCGUCAGCCCCUCCUCCUCCGACUUCGACGAGACCCUCCACACCCUCAACUACGCCAGCCGCGCCCAGAACAUCCGCAACCGCGCCACUGUCAACUGGCGGCCUGACGCCGAGCGGCAGCCCCAGGAGGCGGUGGCGGGCGCGCGGGGGCCGCCGCGGCACCGCUCGGAGACGCGCAUCAUCCACCGCGGCCGGCGCGUCCCGGGCCCCGCCGUCGCCUCCGCCGCGGCCGCUGCCCGCCUGGGCGCCGAGUGCGCGCACUACCGGGCCCGCACCGACGCCGCCUACUGCCUCCUGCGCGAACUGCAGGCCGAGCCCGGGCUGCCCGGCGCCGCCGCGCGCAAGGUGCGCGACUGGUUGUGCGCCGUCGAGGGCGAGCGCAGCACCCUGAGCUCCGCCUCUGGGCCCGACAGCGGCAUCGAGAGCGCUUCCGCCGAGGAGCAGGUCUCCCAGGGGCCCGGCGGGCGACAGGAAGAUGAGGGGGCGCUGCAGCUGCUGGCCCUGCAGAACCAGGUGGCGCGGCUGGAGGAGGAGAACAGAGACUUUCUGGCCGCUCUGGAGGACGCCAUGGAGCAGUACAAGCUGCAGAGUGACCGUCUGCGGGAGCAGCAGGAGGAGAUGGCGGAGCUGCGGCUGCGGCUAGAGCUGGUGCAGCCUGGCUGGGGGGCCCCAGGGCUCCUGCAGGGCCUGCCCUCGGGGUCCUUCGUGCCCCGGCCUCACACAGCCCCCCUGGGGGGUGCCCGCACUCAUGUGUUGGGCAUGGUGCUCUCUGCCUGCCUUCCUGGUGAUGAGAACUGGGGAGAGGUGACCAGUGGCGGGGAGGCUGGAGCCGAGUUGCUGGCAGAGGCAGACAAGCUGGGAAGUGGCUCUUCGGCUGCUUCAGAGGAGGAGGGGGAGGAGCAGCCUCCACCCAGGAGGGCCCUGCACCUGCGCAGGAACGGGGUCAGCAAGUGGAGCCAGAGGGCGGGGGCCCGCCCAGGGAGUCCGCUGGAGAGGAAGGGCCCAGAGCUCCGCCUUGAGGAGAUGGGUACAGCUGUCCCAGGGCCUAGCGCAGUCUGUGGGAGCAAGACCCCCACUCGGCCCCGCCAGGCCCCCACUGCCACGGCCUCCGAGUGGCGGCUGGCCCAAGCCCAGCAGAAGAUCCGCGAGCUGGCCAUCAACAUUCGCGUGAAGGAGGAGCUGAUUGGCGAGCUGGUCCGCACGGGGAAGGCUGCGCAGGCCCUGAACCGGCAGCACAGACAGCACAUCGGGGAGCUGGAGCAGGCGGCAGAGGGGGUGCGCGCCGAGCUGAGUGAGAGCCAGAGGCGGCUGCGGGAGCUGGAGGGCAGGGAGCCCCGGGACGCGGGUGAGCGGUCGCAGCUCCAGGAGUUCCGCAAGAGGGUCGCUGCUGCCCAGAGCCAGGUGCAGGUGCUGAAGGAGAAGAAGCAGGUGACAGAGCGGCUGGUGUCGCUGUCGGCCCAGAGUGAGAAGCGGCUGCAGGAGCUGGAGAGGAAUGUGCAGCUCAUGCGACAGCAGCAGGGGCAGCUGCAGAGGCGGCUCCGCGACGAGACGGAGCAGAAGCGGCGCCUGGAGAUGGAGAUGAACAAGCGGCAGCACCGAGUCAAGGAGCUGGAGCUGAAGCACGAACAGCAGCAGAAGAUUCUGAAGAUCAAGACUGAAGAGAUCGCGGCGUUCCAGAGGAAGCGGCGCAGUGGCAGCAACGGCUCUGUGCUCAGCCUGGAGCAGCAGCAGAAGAUUGAGGAGCAGAAGAAGUGGCUGGACCAGGAGAUGGAGAAGGUUCUGCAGCAGCGGCGGGCGCUGGAGGAGCUGGGGGAGGAGCUCUGCAAGCGGGAGGCCAUCCUGGCCAAGAAGGAGGCCCUGAUGCAAGAGAAGACGGGGCUGGAGAGCAAGCGCCUGCAGUCCAGCCAGGCCCUCAGCGAGGACAUCGUGCGAGUGUCUAGCCGGCUGGAACACCUGGAGAAGGCGCUGUCCGAGAAGAACGGGCAGCUGCGGCAGGGCGGCGCGCAGAGCCGGCGGCAGAUCCGGGAGGAGAUCGACGCUCUGCGCCAGGAGAAGGACUCCUUGCUGAAGCAGCGCCUGGAGAUCGACGGCAAGCUGCGGCAGGGCAGCCUGCUGUCCCCCGAGGAGGAGCGGACGCUGUUCCAGCUGGACGAGGCCGUCGAGGCCCUGGAUGCGGCCAUCGAGUACAAGAACGAGGCGAUCACGUGCCGCCAGCGGGCGCUGCGGGCCUCGGCCUCCUUGCUCUCCCAGUGCGAGAUGAACCUCAUGGCCAAGCUGAGCUACCUCUCGUCCUCCGAGACCAGAGCCCUGCUCUGCAAGUACUUUGACAAGGUGGUGACACUCCGGGAGGAGCAGCACCAGCAGCAGGUCGCCUUCUCGGAGCUGGAGAUGCAGCUGGAGGAGCGGCAGCGGCUGGUGUACUGGCUGGAGGCGGCCCUGGAGCGGCAGCACCUGGAGGUGGACCGCCAGCUGACCCUGCAGCAGAAGGAGCAUGAGCAGAGGGUGCAGCUCCUCCUCCAGCAGAGCCGGGACCACCUGGGUGAGGGCUUCGCCGAUAGCAAGAGGCAGUAUGAGACCAGGAUCCAAGCCCUGGAGAAGGAGCUGGGCCGCCACGUGUGGGUCAACCGGGAACUGAGGCGGCGGCUUGGUCGGAGCGCUGCAGGCCAGAGCGGGGGUGGGGAGAAGAGGUCCCCGUGCCCGGAGAACAGGCAACCCCCUGUAAGUGAAGAUGAACUUCCAGCCCCCGAGCUUUGGCAGGCCCCCCUCACCGAGGGUGCCCCCCACGCCCGAGAAGAGAUGCGGGACACAGUCCACGCCCCGCUGCCGUUGAAAUGGAAACGCUCAAGCCUGUGUGGUGAGGAGCAGGGCCAGUCCGAGGAGCUGCGGCAGCAGCGGGAGGCCGCUGAGCCGCAGGCGGGGCGGGUGCUGCCUGGGGGAGAGGCGGGUCUGCCCCGGAGCAGCGGGCCCUCGCCCAAGGCCCCGCGGGACCUGCGAAGAGCCAGCCCCGGGAUCAUCGACGUCAGGAAAAACCCCCUGUAGGCUCCUGGGCAGAGCUGGCCUUGGAGGGAGAGUCCCAGCCUGCCGAAAGGGAGAAAUGGAAGUUUGAUUUGCAAGACAAUCGCAGGAAUCAGAUUGGGGAACACAACAGACCUGAAAGCUUUCCAGAGGCCAAGACAGGCUGCUCGCCGACACUCGGCAGAGAUGGGCGACCCGGGUGAACGUCCCCCUGGAUGGUGAGGACCAGGCCAGGCCGUGGGCUGGCUGACCUCCAGGUCAGACCAUGAGUCGUGGCUGCUCCAGAAACCACUAGUGCUGGACCAUGGUCACAGUUAACCUCAGGCUAGAACAUUAAACAGAAACGCACCAAAUGCUAAGUAGCCAGAGAUGAUU